AUGGAGGUGCAGGACAGGAGCCGCUCCCCAUCCCGUAGAACCAGCCGGGUGGAGCAGGUGGUGGGUCGAUGGCUCAGGCGGUCCAGAGACCUGGGCAGCAGGUCUCACUCUCUGAGCAGAGACCGGGUUGCAGUGGAUGGAAAGUCAACAGAGUGCAGCGGCUCCGAUCAGAGGAAUUACCCGUUCCGCUUCAUCGUCCAGAUCCAACGGGACCUGGAGCUCAACUCUCAUGGCCUCACUCUGUCCUCGCAGAUCCCCAUCCUGGUGCAGGACAUCACCCCAGGUGGUCCUGCAGAUGGCCGGCUCGUCCCUGGCGACCAGCUUGUGAAGAUCAAUAACAUCGCUGUCGAUGACCUGACCCCGGAGCAAGCUGCUGAAAUAAUAAGGGAGUGUCAGGAUUCGUUGACAAUGACUGUCCUGAGAACAAUGCUGGGCCCAAAGUCAUCAUUCAUCACACCAGAGAAGAGGGCCAAACUCCGGUCAAACCCUGUGAAGGUUCACUUUGCUGAGGAGGUUGAAGUCAACGGUCACUGUCAGGGCAACUCGCUGCUCUUCCUGCCUAAUGUUCUGAAGGUGUAUCUGGAGAACGGGCAGACCAAGGCCUUUAAAUUUGACCCCGACACCACAGUCAAGGACAUUGUGAUGACACUCAAGGAAAAGCUUCCUCUGAGCCAUAUUGAACACUUCUCCCUGGUGCUGGAGCAGCAACACAGCAUUUCCAAACUACUACUGCUGCAUGAAGAGGAGAGGAUACAGCAGGUGGUCCAGAAGAAAGAGGCCCACGACUACAGAUGUCUGUUCCGUGUUUGUUUCAUGCCCAAAACCCUCCAGACGAUGCUGCAGGAGGAUCCCACAGCCUUUGAGUACCUCUACCUGCAGGGGGUGAAUGAUGUGCUGCAGGAGCGCUUUGCAAUAGAGAUGAGGUGUAAUACCGCCCUGCGACUCGCUGCGCUGCACAUCCAGGAGAGAUUGGCGAGCUGUGGACAGUCUCCAAAGACCAACUUAAAGAUGAUCACGAAGACGUGGGGCAUAGAGAACUUUGUGUCAUCCACCUUGUUGAGGAACAUGCGAGAGAAAGAUCUGAGGAAGGCCAUUGGCUACCACAUGAAGAAGAGCCAAUCACAGAACGAUCCCAAGCAGAAGGGUCUGUCGGCCGAUCAGACCCGGAUAAACUACCUGGAGGAGCUGAGUGAUCUCAAGUCAUUUGGAGGGAAAUCCUUCAGUGCCACCAUGAUGCUUCAGGACAGGGAGUCUAUGGUGACCUUGUUGGUGGGGGCACGCUACGGGGUGAGUCAGGUGGUCAACCACAAACUAAGCAUCCUGUCCACCCUCACAGAGUUCACCAGCAUCACGCGCAUCGAGCUGCUGCCUGAAUCAGACAAAGUCAGCCUGGUCAAAAUAUACCUGCAGGACAUCAAGCCCAUCACAUUGCUGUUAGAGUCAACGGCCGCCAAAGAUAUGUCCUGCCUAAUAGCAGGUUAUUGUCGAGUGUUUGUUGACCCCAACCUCAAUGUCUUUCCAUGGAUACAUGACUGCAAGCAGCACAGAGUGUCUGCUGAGGAAGGUUAUGUGUCACGAUGUGGCAGCGACUCAGACACGUCCUCAGACUUGGACAUGGGAGCGCUGGUCACCCUGGUGUCUCACGACGGGAGGCCCCGCCAUCGAGUCAGAUCCUCAUCAGACCCAGAGGGAAGAAAAAGAAAAGACCGAAACAGAAGGAAAAACAAAGAUGGCAAAGACAAGGGAGAUAAACUGUGGGAGGAUAAAAAGCAAAAGGAAGAAAAGGAUGCUGACACAGAAAAGGAAAAGUCUCCCCUAGAUAAGAAUAGAGAGAGGGAGAAUGAAGACGCAGAACACAAAGAGGAGACAGAAGGAGCGCAGGAUGGUCGGCAAACACAGGCGGAGAUAACGGACAAUGACUCUGGGGAACAACGGGAAAAAGUGGGACAAGAAGGUGGAGACGAUGUGCGAGCAACGGAGGAGCAGCCAUCUGUAUCAGAAGCAUCAGAUUCUUGUAACACUGACUCUCAUGUCGUCACCAGCCCCUCCAGCGACUCACUCGACGCUCUGGAGGAAGAUGACUUAAUUUCCUGUUCUUCCUCCUCCAUCCACUCCAAUCUUCCCUCACAAACUCAUAGCAACUCUCCCCUCCAGCUUCAUCCCUACUCUCAUAGGCGCGUUCAGCCCCACCUGCUAGCCCCUCCACCAGCUCAUGCUCAUCCUCUCAUCCCCAUCACAAAUCACGACAGACGAGGAGGGGGUUGCAGGAGGUCUGGCGAUGGAGCUGAUCCCCAACUCCUCGCACUGGUCUCCCCUUCUCCGAGCCUUCAACACAUCCAGAAAUGUUCAGGUAACACCUCCUUUGACGACAGCGCCAUGUGUUUCGCCGAGCUCUCCCGCCUUGUGGACUUCCUGCCGAGCCCUCCGGAGGCCAGCGAUGACGAUGACGAUGAAGAAGAGGAGAUGAGGAGGAGGAGGAGAAAGUCGGUGAGAAGAGCAGGUGAACGAGGAAGCGUAAACACUGAGGUCAGUUUUAAAGAACAUCCACCUUCCCCGUCGCCGUCUUCCCACAUGGAGUUUGUGUUUAACUUCGACCAAAGCGACGCUCGCUGCUACUACAAACUCUGCUCCAACAUCACCCCCGACAGCGCUCGCAGCCUUCCCCACCCCCUGCAUGAUAAGGAGGGAGAAAACUUGGAGGAGGUGGCGGAAGAUCCGGCUAAGGCGGUUGACUUGGAACCUAUCCCCAUCCUACAGCCACCACCUGGCUUUGGAGACAGCAGCUCUGACGAGGAGUUCUUUGACGCCAGAGAUCGCUUCACCUCACCUGAAGACCCGACCUCGGGGGCCACGCCAAGAGAUAUUCGCACAGAGAUGAAACUGGACUUCCUCAGCACACUCAGCCUCAGUGACAUCAAAGUCUCGGUGACAGAUGCUGACAAAGAUGGAAAAGAGGAAGAAGACAGAAAGUCAGAAGAUGAGGAAGGAGGAGGCAGAGAAACAUUGUUCCAGCUCAGAAAAAGGUCCCGUAAACGUCGUUCCUUCAUGGAAACCGAUUACACCUCUACGGUGUCAUAUCCAGAGCCAGAUCCAGGAACACAGAACCUGGUCUCUAAUAGGAUUCAUAAGAACCACAUGGCAGAAGCCAACGAUGCACAGAUGCUGAGUUCAGAUCCCGAACCUUCAGAGCAAACCCAGAAUCCCAGUCCCACCGUCUCCUCUUUGACCCACUCUGAAGGAGAACCGGCUCAGCUUGAAUCAAAACCCAUCCUGUCUAAACCUCGCUCACAUGGACCUGGCUCUCCUUGUGGUUUGGGGCCUCAUGAGCAGACUAGAGACCCACAGGCCACCUCCAGGAACAGGAAACAAGAAAUGGAGAUGGAACCUGACGCCAUGGAAUCCAAAUCAGUCACAGAUCUGGUGAAGGCGGCUUCUCCUACCAUCACCGUUGUCCGCUGUCGGGUGGAUCCAGACGGAAAAGAGAGUGCUGAUCGGAGGGGCGACGGAAAGGAGGAAGGGGAGGAACAGAAGGAGAUGAGUGAGGGGAAAGAGGAAGGAGAGGAGGAAGAGACAGCAGGUGUGUCGGGGAAAGGGCCGUUCACUAAUCAUAUGUUUAUGCCAGAGAGCACUGAGGAGGAAGGUGAGGGGGACAAAGAGAAGAAAGAGGGGGUUAGAGGGAACUCAUCCAGUUCAAAGAGACCUCUCGUUGGUGCCGAGAGGCAGCCAGAGGCCAACACACUGCCUCCAUGUUUGAUAGAUGUCACUAAAAAGAGGAGUAAUGGCCUUUUGGGAUCCCAUCUGAUCGCCCUAGAGCAAAACCUGUAUGUAGAGGAACAAAUGCUUGAAGGUGUGUGUGAAAAGUCAAACCUUCUAUCAUACUCACCACCGCCACCGCCACCUCCACCCUCAUCCCCUCUUCCUCCUAUACCAGUUCUUCACAAAUCCCAAAGUGACUGUUAUAUGAGGGGAGAAGGGGGCAGCGAAAACACGGGAACCUCGACCAAAAUGUCUCCAUCUUAUUCUGAGGAGAUGCCACAAAGACACACAAACAAAGCACAAUUAUAUUUAGACGUCAGCACCAGUAUAACUGAGGAUGAUGCCAACGGUGUUGUUAGCUCUACUGUGACUGUUAGCGAUGAAGUAACAGACAGCACCAAUUCAGACAAUGUUUUUUUUGAUGAUGAUAUGAUUAAUUCCUUAAAUUCUAGUUCAAGUGACAAGAAAGAUGAGUGGGCUAUAGCUACAAAGCAUAGCAUCAGUGAAACUUUGGCCACAGCAAGUGAAGGUGAGUCUCACAUUAUUAUAAAGUCUCUCUCCAACACUGAGGCUCAUACAAGAGUAAGUUCAGUGAAUUCUGACUAUACUCGUGCUAUAAACUCUAUCACUGCAAAGCUUGGAGCUGCAACAAGUGCCACAUCUCCUACGUUUAAUUCAGGGACCAGAUUGAGACGUGAGGUUACAGAUGAAAGUGCUUCAGGUUUGGAUCAAAAUGUAGACAAAGCCAGAAGUGGUCCCACUAUGCAAAGUGCUGAAGCUAAAAAUAGCUUAGCUAGUCCUAGCUUAACGAAAGCUAACACAGUCACAGUACACAAUCUCUCCAAGACGCCUCCUUCUCCAACUCGCUUCCUCUUCCAGACCUGUUCCCCUAGCUUUAUGGGUAGCUUAUCUGCAUCCACGCUCAGGGGGAAGAUUCAAAAUUUGCCCCUUUAUCUAUCACGCUCCCAGGAAACCCUUAACCAGGCCGGGUUGGGGAAUGUAGCUCAGAGUUCAGCUGAAGACAACAAUAAAGGUGAAGUCGAGAUCACCAUCAAAGUAACGGACGUCAAUGACGUCACAAAAACUAUUGACUUCGAAACGGGCACAACUGCAGAAUCUGUGGAGUCAGACGAUUCGGAUACAACGGUUACAGAAUCUGAGGUGGACGGGGAGUUUUUUGUUGAAACAAACUCGGCAAAGAGUUUUCAAUCAGUGCCAGAGGUGAAGGAAAUAAGCUCUCCAUUGCCUGUCCAGACUGAGCCCAAAGCCCAACACCAAUAUCUGCCUCUGUACACUGGACCUAUCAAGAACACACCAGGUCCAAUAACAGAGCCUCCAGCCUCCAUAGUGAACAGCCUCCAAAGAGACUCUUCAGGCCCAAAGACGGACACUCCUGGCCCCAUUAAAGAUGCUCCAGUAUCCAAGAUGAAGGUCACAAGUCCAGGUGAAGACAUUCUAGGUUAUAAAAUGAACAAUCAGUCCCAUCCCAAAGUGGUGACCACACAGAAUCUAAAUGGACCAGGACUCCCUUUUCAUAGUGAGGCACAGAAAGUAAGACGGACCAGUAGCGACAGACCUUUGAUGAGUCUUUGUAGGCCCACAGGGCAGAAUUCAGACUCGCCAGAAACCCUUUCUUCAGGCUGCAGGGUGUUUACUAUCUGUGAGGAUCCGUCCCAAACAAAGAGCCCAACCGAGGUGGUGACUACCCCACCGUUUAAGCCUGAGUUUGGCUGCACUUCAGUGCUAGCGUCUGGAUGUGAGUCAGUAGUGGACGUGGUGCAGGUGCCGCUGGAUGCUUGUGGUUGCCCGACGGUCUAUACCAACUGCUUCGGCAGCGGGGACAGCUUUGACGAGGAGUUGACCGUCUACGAGUUCUCCUGCCGCACACAGAGCAGCGGUGUGACUCAGACUUCUGGAGCAGGUCUUCCUCUCAUGACCUCUCCACCCGUUUCCUCCCUUCUCUCAACCUCCUCCACCCACUCUCCCUCCUUCCCACGCUCCAUCCUUUUCUCCUCCUCUACCUCUGAGCUCAGCCCUCUCCUCUCACCGUUAUCUGACUCCUCGGACCGUUUCCUGCCCCAAACGCACAAGGACACCAUCAGUCGGCUAGGCCAGCAGCGCUACCCGGAGCCCCCAACGGGUUUCCAAGUACUCCGCAUAGACGUGGACCAGCUCCUUUCCAUUCUGGAAAGUACAGGUGCUGACAGAUCCGUAACGGGCCACGGAGGUCGCCACCCAAGGGACACCUGCCCGGCCCACUUCACAGAGAACAAGAGGGUGCUCCAGAUAGAGGCUCGGCGGCUGAUGUCCGGCUGCCAGAAGGUGGUGGGGAUUGGCCAGAGCCCAGGGGAAAUGCUUCACUCCCUGGCUGACAGUUUCCGGACCCUGGUGGAGUUGGCGGGCAUUUGCCUCUGGUUCUCCGGUUGCGAGAGGUGUGACCGGAGGAACGCGGAGGCCGUCGCAGGUCUGGCAGAUGUGGCCCGUUCAUUCAGGGACUUCUGUCUGGCAGCAGAGCGGGCCAGCAGCAAGCGCGGCUGCCAGGACCUGAGCUCCAAGCUGCUGGCGAAACAGUGCACCGCGCUCACCGCCUCGGUCUUCUGCCUCACUCAGCUGUUCCGCACCCUCACUGCACUAUGA